CCGAACAUCCUUCUCAGCGGGUUAUGAUUGAGUUGGUGAGUUUGCGCAAUUGAAAGAGAGAUCUACCGAUGAGUGCAAAGAAUGGUUAAUCAGCGCGGGCAUCAUCACCUUCAAUCAUCCAGACACAGAAAAUCUCAAUUCUUUUCAAUCACUUUGUACGUCAUCCUCAUUUUUGCCCUCUCAAUCUUCUCUUUCAUGCUCUACAGCAAGGAUGUGUUGGAAGAAGACGAAAAUAACAUGCCGCUUCUUAGAGUUGAGAAGCCCUCAAUUAAUAAGUUAUUAGAUGGUCAACUUUGGCAAACGCCUUCUAGUCUUGGUUUGCGGCAGUGUGUCAAGCGAACAAGUAAAUAUAGAGCUACUCCCGUCUCGGAGCACUAUAUGACUGUAAAAACUAAUGGAGGACUUAAUCAAAUGCGCACUGGGAUAGCUGAUAUGGUGGCUGUGGCACACAUUAUGAAUGCUACACUAGUGAUUCCUCAACUUGAUAAGAGUUCAUUCUGGCAGGAUAGCAGUACAUUCUCUAAUAUAUUUGACGAAUCCCAUUUCAUCAAAUCCUUGGAAAAGGAUGUGAGGAUCGUGAAGGAGAUUCCUAAAGAAUUAGAAUCUCUACCUCGAGCUAGGAAACACUUCACCUCAUGGGCUGGUUUGGGCUACUAUGAGGAAAUGACGGUAUUAUGGAAGGAAUAUCAGGUAAUUCAUGUCGCAAAAUCAGAUUCUAGACUUGCAAACAAUGAUCUGCCCCUUGACAUUCAGAGAUUGAGAUGCCGUGCUCUGUAUCAUGCUCUUCGUUUUUCUCCAUCUAUUGAAAGUCUAGGAAAGAAGCUCGUGGAGCGGCUACGAUCACGUGCUCAAAGAUACAUUGCUCUUCAUCUGAGAUAUGAGAAAGAUAUGCUGUCUUUUACUGGAUGUACUUAUGGUCUUACUGUUGCAGAAUCAGAGGAGCUCAGAAUAAUGAGAGAGAAAACAAGUCACUGGAAAGUGAAGAACAUUGACCCCACAGAACAGAGAGAGGCCGGUCUCUGCCCUUUAACUCCGAAGGAGGUCGGGAUUUUUCUCAAAGCUCUUGGUUAUCCUCCGUCUACCUUAAUAUAUCUUGCUGCUGGAGAAAUUUAUGGUGGUGAAACACACCUUUCGGAGCUCACUUCCCGAUUUCCUAACAUAGUUUCCAAAGAAAUGCUUGCUAGCACAGAAGAACUAAAGGAUUUUUCCAAUCAUGCAUCUGCAGCCUUAGAUUACAUAGUCUCCAUAGAAAGUGACAUUUUCGUUCCUUCCUACUCGGGUAACAUGGCAAGAGCUCUUGAAGGUCAUCGCAGAUUCUUAGGACACCGCAAAACAAUCACGCCAGACAGGAAAAGCCUAGUUCAAUUAUUUGAUAAACUGGAGGUUGGAGAGCUUGAAGAGUCAUCGCUAUCACUGCCUGUGUUGCAGCUGCAUAGGAAAAGGUUUGGUGGACCUCGGAGGAGAGGACGUGGCCCUCCUGGAAUCAAGGGCAGGGUACGACUGCGCUUGGAGGAAUCCUUCUACCAAAACCCAUUUCCAGAAUGCAUAUGCAACUCAUGAGGAGAAGUGAGGUUAAACAAAAAAUGUGCAGUUUUUUUCGACAAGAAAUUGGGACUGAAUUAGCACUCAUCCUUUUCUGAUUGUUGGCGCCCUUCCUUCAUUCGAAAUCUGUGCAUUCCAUGGAUCAGUUGUAGCAGUUGUACCGUUGAUGAAUCACGUAUAGUUUGUUUCCCAAUUCGGACAUGAUUUUGGAAAUUUUCCUUAAAUUAUUUUUGAAGUUGUAGUUUUACUCCAAAAUAAACACUUAACAUCACAGGUAUAGGUACUGGAUCCAAUUGAUUUUACCUUCGUUUCCAAUUA